CUAAAAUGUUGUAUAGGUGGCUGGGUGGCUGUUGGUUGAGCCUUCUGUCUCUUGAUUUCCGGCUCAGGUCAUGGUCAUGAGGUCCUGAUUUCCGACUCAGGUCAUGGUCGUGGGGUCCCCAAGUAGCAACAGUGUAAGGCGUGUUCAUCACCGGAUUCCAAGUGGGAAGGCUCAGGCACCCGAGGAAAUGGGAGGAGGGCAUCCACCGGGGCUGGAAGGUUUCAGGAUAGCAACAGGCUAAAAGGAAGGGGAUAUGAGGUGGCGCAGCCUGAGAGGGAAAACUCGUUGCUGCAGGCUUUCCCCCGGGCUUCACACAGGUCCCCGCCAGGCGCCCGGUGUGCAAGUCCCCAAGGCCUCCCCCUGCUCAACGCUCAGUUCCCAUCUUGCUGGAGAGACCCUGUGCGUGACUACACGGGUCGUGGACACUGCUUCCCGCUCACUCUCCCCUUCACCUCUCCUAACUUCGCUUAAUCCUGUCUCUGCCGCCCCCACGAGGGAGCCUUUUCCAGGGGUCACUUGCAAGCCCUUUUCUUCAUCAGGAGGCCCGCGGGUCCCCACCACCCCCAGCUUCCUGCAAGCCUGCUUCCACCGCCCAGAUCGCGGACCCCAACCUCCUCCCUGGGCUGAAAGGUGGCAACCACGAGACUCUAUUCCGCAGGGCUUCGGGUGACAUCACAUCCUCGGAUCGCAAAAUCUGGCUCCUAGGCCGGCUGAAGGGCGCGACUCCCGUCCCCGCCCCUCCCCGCCCCGUCCCGCCGCGUCCCGUCCCACCGGCUCCAGCGCGUGUCCGCGGAGCGCGCCAUGGCCUCUCGGGUGACCGCCCUGCUCCUGCCGCUGGCCCUGCUGCUCCGUGCCGCGGCGGCCAGCGGGCCCAGCCGGUUCCGCAUGACGCCGCUGAAGGUGGUGGGACAGCUGCACGCGCAGGUGGAGCUGCAGUGCCAGGUGCUGCUGUCCACCGCGGCGCAGGGCUGCUCGUGGCUCUACCAGAGGAAUGAGCCAGCCGCGCCCCCCGUCUUCCUCUUGUACAUUUCCAAGAGCCGGUCCAAGACGGCCGAGGGCCUGGACACCAAACACAUCUCCGGCCAGAAGAAGCUCGACGACACCUACAGCCUCACCCUGAGCCGCUUCCGCAAGGAGGACGAGGGCUACUAUUUCUGCUCUGUCCUGAGCAACUCCGUUCUGUACUUCAGCCCCUUCGUGCCGGUCUUCCUGCCAGUCAAGCCCCCCACUACGCCGGCGCCGCGGCCACCCACGCGGGCGCCCACCAACGCGUCCAAGCCGGUGUCUCAGCGCGGCGAGACCUGCCGGCCUGCGGCGGGCAGCGCAGUGAAAACAAGUGGGUUAGACUUCGCCUGUGAAAUCUACAUCUGGGCACCCCUGGCUGGGACCUGCGCUGUCCUUCUCCUGUCAUUGGUCAUCACCAUCAUCUGCAACCACAGGAACAGAAGACGUGUUUGCAAAUGUCCCAGGCCCGUGGUCAGACCAGGAGGCAAGCCCAGUCCUUCAGAGAAAUAUGUCUAACAUGGAGAUGGAUCCUGCAUGACAGCCACUACAAGACCAAAUAGAAUUCUCUUUAUGAGAACAGCAACAGUCCCCCCCUUUUGGUUUUUCCGGACUUCUUCUUUUCUUAUGUAUCCAUUCUCAUUAUUAUUUUUGUGGGGGUUGGGGGGGGAGGUGACUUUUUCUUUAUGUGUUUUUCUUAGUUGACCCAAAACAAGACUGUACAUCUACAGUACACCACAAGCGUUACAAUACCAUUGUGUGCAUGCAUUGGGGUAAAGGGCAGACAGGCUAGAGCUACCAUGAGCCAUGUUCUCAGAAUUUGGUGGUUAGAGCUGGUGAUGGGGGGCAGGGGCCAGCGGCGGUGGCGCUCAGCAUGACUCAGUCCAAACCUCUUCAGUUGACAUCCAUGGAUGGGGAGCAGCUUGAUCAGAGUCACAGCAAGUUUCAGGGCUCUUCUUCCAAUCACUCAGGUCUUUAUUCUGGAGGCCUCUGUUUCAGCAGGUGGAGUACUGUGUCUCAAACCAUAAGGGCACAAGUUAUUUCUUAAGCAGCAGUCAUAGACCUAUGACUAUCCCCACAGUCCCAAAAAGGUCAUGAAAUAAGAGAACUUCUGCCUUUCACAGAGUUCUGUAAUGUAGCUGAAUAGUAUCAGACUUUUUUUUUUUAAUAAUGAAGUGUGGAAUUGUAAUGGAAUAGGAAGUUCUCAAAUAAAGUCGGAGGAGUGAACCGAAUCCUGGAAAAUGAAAAACUCCAUCUCUGAAGAAAAUCUCUGGGAAAUCCCCAAAUGGAGGCAAAAUUGCCCUCCCAGCCCUUGCGCCGCAGGGGGAGCCCAUGAAAGAGGAGAGACCACCGCAAGUAUGAUCUGAGCAUCAGUAUAGUUGAACAGAGGUCCUCUUAAAUCUCUAAACCUGAGAUAGCAUAUGUGAACAUGCUCCUGAAACAUCAAAGACACCUUACGAUUUGUAAAGGCCACAUUGUUAAGGGCUGCUAGCACAGGCCCUGGCUUCCCCUCCAUCAGCAGUUGUGGGGAUGUCACAGAAGGGACUCUGGUGAGGAGCCUCAGAGCCAACUCCGCUGCCCUACACACGCAUUUCCUCUCUUAUGGAGUUGAACAAGCAAUGAGUGCUCAUUGGAAGGAAAAACUUAGACAAGGAAGUAAGAAUCACCUGUAAUUCUUUACCUCAGACGUAAUCCAGUCUUAUUACAUUCUUCCUGAUUAUUUUCUCUGCAUAUAUGUGAUGUAUAUACUUCUGAUUUUUAAAAAUGGGAUUGUUCUAUGCUUUUUAUAAGUGGCUUUAAUAAACAAAACAUUUAUGACCUAUUUUUUAACAAUGAAGUAGCUCUCCAUUUUCAAUUCUGCCAACUUUAUUUAACUAUUACUCAGCAUUUAAUUUUCUAGUUUCCAGUUUUUCACUACUAUAAUAACAUAGGAUAAAAUCCGAAAAGUAAAACUAUGGGGCCAGUCCCCACUUUCACUGUGGACUCCCCAUUUCCACAUCAGUGAAAACUGAUUAGCCUCAUCUCGCAUUACCUUGUCUUUUGUUCUUUCAUGGCAACAGAUGAGCUGAUAUUCCUCUCAUAAUAAUAAAUCAUAAAAUCUUCACUCUCCUUGAGGUAAAAUAUGCAUACUGAAAAGGGCCCAAAUCCUAAGUGUACAGCAGCUCUGAGACAUCAUUAAGUGAACACACUCACAUAGCCAGCACGAGGUCAGUAGAGAAUUUUCCCUGCACUCCUAAACCUGUCGUUUGCAACCUUAAUUUUUAAAGCCAAGACAUUUUCAAAGAACAGAAAUCAAGAGGGAAAAGUGUCGCAAGUGUGAAAAAGCAGAAGUGAAACCUUAGAGUUCCCAUGAGACAAGGUAUUGUCCUUGCCCUCCUGCUCCCCAAACCUAUCCAGCGACCAGAACCAGGAGCCGCUGUGGAGACUGAGACCCAGUUCAGAGAGGGCUUCAGGCUUGGAGGCUGCCUGUGGAAGCUGUCCCUGAAUUCCCUGGAAAGGGUGACAAGGAACAUCCUGUCUCCUCAUGGGAGAAACUUGAGAGAAUGGCUGUGGAGUGCUGAUUUAAAGAACCCCGGCCAGGGUGAAGACAGGAAGAGGGUUUUUCCUCUUCAACUUGCAGCUCAAGUGAUGAGUAGCUGGGCAGCCACCCUGGGGAGGCUCGGAGAGAGAUCAAUACUUACUGAUUUUUUCCAUACUCCUUAAAAAGAGUUUCACUUACCAUAACUAAAAUGGUGAACACUAUUUUGGAGAUUAAAAAUAUCAACAUGGGGUGUGGGGGGGUACCUGGGUAGCUCAGUUGGUUGGGCAUCAGACCCUUGACAUCACCUCAGGUCUUGAAGUUUGUGAGUUCAAGUCCCACGUUGGGCUCCAUGCUGGGCAUGG